UUAGGUACUGCCCCUGUUUUUCCAUUUCUAUCAGUUUUCGGAAAGCAACUUGGUAUUUCACCGUUAAUUAUUGGUAGCAUCAACGCAAUUUUGCCUAUAUUAAUUCUAAUAGUAAAACCAAUAUUUGGUUUCAUCAUGGAUUAUUUUCAAACUUGGAGAAAAGUGAUCUUUCUAAUAUUGCUUGCCAUAGGAAAUAUCUGUUACAUUACAAUAUUAUUUUUACCACCAUUGCCGGGUCCAAUUUUAUCAGAACAUCACUUCCAAAAUGUUUCCUGUAAAACUUUAUCGCGUUGCAAUAUGAAAUAUCAUGCAUCAGCAAUUGCAUCGUGUAAUGGUACAAAAGACACUAUGUGCCAUUGGAUAUGUGAGAAUACGAAUUUUUCCACGCAAUUGUCUUUUCAUGCAGACCAAAACAAAGCAACUAUUUCACCAGAUACUACAUGCUUAUUAAAUAUAAGUAAAAUAUCAUUGUGUCAAGGAAAUCUAACGAACAAUUAUAAUUGUAACGUUAUCUGUGACAAUUUCAAAGAUGAUCAAUGUCUGUACACAUCUGCAACUUUUUGGAGUUUUGUUGUCUUAAUGUGUAUUGGCGAAAUUGGUUUUUAUGUUUUUAUUAGUAUAAGUGAUGCAUUUUGCUUUGUCAUAUUAGGACAAGAUAAACGAUUGAAAUAUGGUAAGCAGCGAUUAUGGGGUGCAGUGGGUUAUGGUAUUGUUGUAUGUUUAUCUGGAUACAUGAUAGACUUUUUUUCGCACGACAAAGUCUAUAAAAAUUAUAUACCGUCAAUGCUUCUUGUGAUCAUAUUUACUUGCAUCGAUUUUAUUUGUUGUAUAAAAAUGGAGCUGCCAUUUCAAUCACAGUCGACGACCAUAUUGAAGGAUGUGUUUACACUUUUGAAAUCAAAAUCUAUCGUUAUAUUUUUGUGUUUUUCUGGAUUUUUCGGUGUCCUUAAUAGUAUCAUGCGUAAUUUUUUAUUGUGGUAUAUAGAAGAUCUCUCUAUUACGACUGGUUAUAUGAACAGAAUUAAAUUGAUAGAAGGUUUGAUUAUAGCGGCACAGGCUUUCAGUGGCGAAGUAAUAUUUUUCUUUUUAUCUGGCAAAAUAUUAAAGAAGCUUGACUAUAGUUAUACUUUUAUAUUUUGUUUCAUAUGUUACGCAAUUCGAUUGGGCUUAAUAUCUUUAGCACCAACGCUAUGGUGGAUCCUUUUUAUAGAAUUUUUCAUGCAGGGACCAUCGUAUGCACUCAGUUUUACAGCAGUAAUAUCUUACGGGAAUGUAAUAACACCUACUGGUACUUCAAGUACUGUUCAAGGAUUAGUUCAAGGCGUAAAUGAAGGUUUAGGACUCUCGAUUGGCAGUUUGAUAGGUGGUAUCUUGUUUAAAAAAUUUGGAGGUAUAAUGACUCUAAGAAUAUUUUCAGUAUUUGCAGCAUUUUCUGCGUUAACAUAUUUUGUUCUUCACAUUUUUUACUUUAAGCAUAAAACAGAUACACGAAAUAAUAUUAAAUGGAGUAAACUUGCCGAUGCACAGAAACACUGUAAUGUAGCAGAUACUUGA